AAUACGCUCAUUAUGACCGUUAAACCCGUUUGAUUGCAUAACAACACCAGGGUUUUGAGAUCCUGUCGUCGUUAACUGCCUUUGCCCUGCUUUCAUGUCUUGAUUCAGGCAGCCGCAUAGAUUUUAUAUUCAUUCAUCUUCUUCAACAAUUCCUUCAAGAAUCCACAGGCUCUUUGUACAAAGAUCGACUAGAGAGCCUGAUUGAUGAUUUGCUUGGUGAUUUUGAUUCCAAAGUUGAGAAACAAAGGGGAAAAAAGGCAGUUCUGACGAAUUAUUCAUUGGUGUCUAUUGGAAUGCGGGAACUUCUCUUUUCUCAGAUGUCCUUUUUCUCCUACUAAGAAUAAAUACAUAUAACUUCUUAUAUAACAAAGAGGACGCAACUACUUUGAUAGACUGGUUAACUCCUUAUUUGAAUCAUGGGAGGUGUAAAAUUGGAACUUCGUUGCCCCCAACGUGUUGGUGGAAUCGUAGCUGAUCCACAAAUUGAUUGGAGUUUUGAUGAACUCCUAUCAGAGCUUAAUGCCGUAGAUCACAGACUUCAAGCAUCCUCAUUGGUCUCCUUACCUUUCACCAAAACACAUUCAAGUGAUCUUUCAGUAGUAAGUCAUGCUGGAAAAAACCGGAAGUCCUUUGUGAUGCAUGUAUCGGAUGAUGAAGGUGACUAUGAUGAUGAGGGGAAUUAUAGCAGACCUCUGGCCAUGGGUGGUCGGUUUGCUUGCGAGGAAGUAUAUUUAAGUGAUGAUGCAGAUUCUGAUAAUGAGUCAACUACUGGAGCCCAAUGGUCUUUGAUGGACAAAGGGGGAGUUAUUGAAGGUGCAUUAAUUGAGCUAAGCCAUGAACACCAGAUUACUGUUGCGGAAGAUAUAAGAACCCGAAUAUCUGCAUUUGGAACUGAUCUCACAAAUGAAAAAGAGAAACUUACCAAUGCCCUUUCCCGAGCUGAAAAGAGCAAGGAGGCACGACGUGAGUUGGAUAGAAAACGUGAUUUGCAAUAUCAGCGCAUAAUUGCAGAAGCACUUGAUAAUCAUCUGACCGACGUUCAAAGGCAUCAUGAAUACAAAUCUCAGAUAGAAGAAAAAAAGAUAAGAGACGAUGCUGCAAUUGAAGAGGCCAAAAGAAAGCAAAAGGCUCUUCAAGAAGAAAAAGUGCGUCAAGAAAAAAUGAAAGCAGAAGAGGCCAAGCGGCAAGCUGAAAAGAAGAGAGAUGAAGAAGCAAAAGCCGCAGCAUUAGAAGCUGAAAGAGCUGCAAAAGAAGCAGCUGUGGCAGAAAGUCAGCGAAAAGCUGCUGAAGCUAUGACUGCUUCACAGGGAGCUGUUUCCAAGGGAUCUGAUUCUGGUGGACCCAAAAAAACACCUGCAGGAAACAUACUCAAGGGUGCCGAGAGUGCUUUAAAAAUGGAGGAGAGAAGGCUACAAAUGUACAAGGAAGUGGUUGGAAAAGAUGUGGCUUCUGAAAUGGAUUAUAAUAAGGAAUAUCGUAGUCAUGGAAUGCAAAUGGCUAGACGUAUCAAAACCAUAACCGGGACAAAAGAGAAUGUGAGAACAAAAGCAGAUGAAUUGGUGAAACUCAUGAAUUCAACAUGUCCCCAAUCCGUCAAUAUUGGGAUUUUUGCAGAGAAAGUCGUCUCCCAAAGCACAAAUGCAAGCAGCAACAAUGUCCUAUAUGGUUAUGGGCAUGUCAUUGUUAUGGUUACUUCACAGGUUCCCCAUGCCAUGGAAAUUCUUCUUGCCAAACUAAACAGAGUUUGCAUCUUCACAGUUCCGAAGUAUUUAAGUUACUCAGAGGCUGCAUUUGAAUCUAAAGAUGCUUACUUCAAGGCUAUUGGUUACCAAGAAGAAGAUGGAAAUCUUGAAAGUACCGAUAGUUAUAUAGCAAGGUUAACUCUACAUAUGAAACUAUACGGGGCUCUAGUUCAGACUGAAGUUGAUGGUUUCCAAAAUUUGCACGGAAUUGAAGAAGGUUGGAAAUGGCUUGCCAGGUUUUUAAAUGCUCUCCCAGCGAAUAUUUACACUGCAGUUGCACUUCAGGCAUUCGUUGAGUUGGCUGGGUUCGGUUUAUAUAGAAGAUACAAAAACCAGUUCAAGAAGCUGUUAAACAUCAUAUCUCGUGACUUCCUCAAAGCAUUAAAGGAGCGAGAAGAUCCAAAAGUGACGAAGGUCGUGAUGAGUUUAGAAAACUAUAUUCAAACGAACGAGUUCCAAAAGGAACCCGAAGGGUGGCGGCUGCAAGAUUCUUUGUUAUCACACGGGUUCGUCCCAAAUGAAUCCGACCAUCAACAACAGUAUCAUAAUAACUCAUCGGGAUACCGAGGAGGGUACCAACAACAACAAUAUAAUUAUAAUUCAUCGUAUAGUUAUCGUUACCAACGAUAAGGUUAAAAAACAAUUGUUAUUUGCUAGAAAUCUUGAUUGCAGAUGGUUUCACCAGUGAAAGAGGUUGAGGACCAUGGUGCACCAUUUUGGAUCAGGUUCAAUAUAAGAUGUCAAUUCAGGUUAUAGUUUAAUUGUGUUCAUUUUUAUGACAGAUGAAUAUGUAUUGAUGGUGUACAUUUAUAUGAAUGUAAGUCUGAUUUUGCUGUUA